AUGCCUCCGGCCGGGUCCUCCUUCACGGCGCUGAACCUGCCGUCGACCUUCGCGCUGCCCCGAUGCAUGGAGUAUUUCACGCUCACCGCCGGUCCCAACACCGAUCUCUGGCGCAAACCUCCCAAUGGCGACACCUCGACGGCGCCCAUCGUCUUCACCUCGCUUCGGAACCCCUUCGUGGUGGCCGAGGUGACCGUCAGUGCGGACUGGGAGAUGGAAUGGGAUCAGGGAGGCCUGGUCAUCUUCGCCGGCGCCGCCCCCCAGUCGUUCUCGUCGGAAACCGGUCUCUUGUCGCCCACGCGGCCCUGCAAAUGGGUCAAGGCCGGCAUGGAGUUCUCGUCGGGGACGGUCAACGCCUCGUCCGUCAGCGCCACGGCCGACGGUGCAGACUGGUGUCUGUCGCCCCUGAACCUGACCGACGCUGCGCCGGCGUCGGCUCGACAUUCUUUGCGCAUCAAGCUGGAGCGCAUCGGCCACUCGCUUUGGAUCUGGUAUCAGGUCCCGUCGGCGUCGCCCUACGCUCGCACGCCGAGUGCCGUCAGCAGCACGUGGAAAAAGCUGCGCGAGGUGACCUGGUUCUUCUACGGCGUCGAGGACAAGUUCGUCCACGUGGGGGUAUACGCCAGCCGUCCGAAUAACCUCAGUCGCGGCGAUACGAUGUGGGAGAUGAUGAACGGAGCUGGGACGGACAGCUCGGUUGGUGAUGGAUUGGUGGUGGAGUUUGAAGAUCUGGAGAUUUUUUGA